UCGAAGUUCAAAGUGAUAUUCAAUUAGGCGUUUCAAAAUAAAGUGCAGAGCUCAGAUGUACAUUUCUUAUGUGUAUAGGAAAUGGAAAUAAACCCGAUAAGGAAAAUGUUUCACGCGUCGUACUCUACACAUUUAGAACAUAAUUUUUGAGUUUGUUGCAAAAUACGUUAAAGUUUUUUUCCAUUAAAACCAGCGAUAUUCAGAGUGAGAGAGCUCUCAAAUCGAGCAGCACCGCAACAAAUUAUGGCUAAGACUGCAGCCGCGUUACAUCAAGGAUUUUCUAUAAAAAUAAUACAAAUUUUAGUCAUCUCUGGCCUUUUGGCAGAUAGAUCGAUUGCUCUUCAAUGCUUUAGCUGUGGGGUUACAAACGAUGAAACUAAAACUAAUACUCACAACGAUGUAAUCCCAAUAUGCUCAAAAUUUGAUGGCUCAUCAAGGUUUGUUGUGGAAUGCCCAUUCUCUACCAUGUGUUUGCGAACAGUUCAUACAAUGUAUUUAAAACAUGGUAUUAAACAACAGACAACCACGCUGAGCUGUGCACAACAAAAGUAUACAGAAUACAAACUGGAAAACAAAAAUUGGGUUCCGAAUGAUUUUGUCAAAGAAGUCUAUCCAGAAGGCUGCAUAGUAGAGCCAAAUGAUUUAUUAGCGUCAACGAAAAUGAGCUGUUAUUGCCGCGGUCAUUUAUGCAAUUUUGCAAAUCGACCAACAAUGGAAGCAAAAACGAAAACAUUCGUAUUUUUAAUUAUUAUUAUUUUAUUGAAAAAUUAUUUUUAAGGAUCUGAAAUAACACAAACCAAAUGACAGUACUAAACAUAUAUCACUUUACAACAAUUAAAGGGACUGCGAAAUAAAACAAAACUUGAGGCAGAUACUAAAUCAUACAGUAC